GAUUAUUUUAUAAUAUGUUAAGUCAAUUAAGAGUCAAAUUACUGCAUAAUUAUGUGCUGUUAUUAUGCAUUUGUGUAACACUAUCGACAAAUACCAAUAAUUUUGUGGAGCGAUAUUCGCAUACUGGUGUCACUUACUAUCGACAGUUGCUGUUUGAUGUGCAUAACUAUCAACUAAUAGUUGGCGCCCGGGAUUAUCUGUUACGCGUGGGUUUGGACAGCUUUGCAACCUCUCGUCCGGAAGCCCACUAUAUACCAGCCGACGCCGAAAAACAAAAAUUAUGCGAACGAAAAGGCAUGAAACGAUGGCAGUGCCAUAACUACAUUACAGUACUGUUGCCCAUCACUGCCACCAAACAGGUGCUCGUCUGUGGCACCAAUGCCUUCUCACCGGAGUGUGAGAUAAGACAGUUAAUGAGUUUGUCGACUGUCAUCAAACGCGAAUCGGGUGUUAGUCGAAGUUCGUUCAGUCCUCUCUGGAAUACCAGCGCUUUGCUAACAUAUUCCGGUGACUACUAUUAUGCCGGUCCUCUUGACUUUCGUGGUAUCGACGCUGCAAUUACCAAACAUCCCAGCAAUCAAUUGCCACCGACUCAGACAUCACUAUUGGCAACCAGUAAUCCGAUUAAAAAGUCAAUCCUAAGAACAAUGCAAUCGGAUUCCAAGUGGAUCAACGCCGACGCCAACUUUGUCUUCAAUUUUGAAUAUGAAAAUCACAUUUACUUCCUGUUCAGAGAGUCGGCAGUCGAGUACAUAAACUGCGGCAAAAAGAUAUACUCCCGAAUCGGUCGGGUUUGUAAAAACGAUGUCGGCGGACAACUCUAUUAUCGGGAAAAUUGGACAUCAUUUACAAAAUCGAGACUAAACUGUUCAAUACCCGGAUUAUUCCCAUUUUAUUUUGAUGAGAUCGAGUCAGUCGAUUGGGUCGACUCGGGAGAUGUGCCCACACUUUAUGCCACAUUUAAUACUCCAGAAAACUCAAUUCAUGGUUCAGCCGUUUGUGCCUAUCGUAUCGAUGCUGUGUUGACCGCAUUUCACGGACUAUUCAAACAACAAAAGUCAACCGAUUCGAUGUGGCAGAGCUCUCAAGCAGACAAAGACACCUUCGAGUGUCAGGCAUUCAACAAGAAUCAGUCUGAAUGGCAUCAAAUGCAAAGACUGAACUCACAGUUCCAGUUAAUGGAUUCGGCCGUACAGUCGGUCAAUGGACGACCAUAUGUUAUUGAAACAAACAAACGGUUCCAGUUUAUAGCUGUCGAUGUUAUUCAAAGUAAACAUCACAAAUCAAUUGAAGUGAUGUUUGUGUCGACAACUGAUGGCUGGCUUAUGAAGUAUGUCCGCUGGCCAUUCGCUACCAAAUCGUGUCUCAUCGACCAGUUUCGGGUCAUAGCCAACACUACCAAUGAUGCCAUACUCUCGAUGAAACUUUUGAGAGACACUCAAUCAAUAUAUUUGGGAACUAAACGAGAAAUAAUAAGGAUAUCGGUUGAGCGUUGCCAUCAAUACACGGAUAAAACUCAGUGUGAACUAAGUGGCGAUCCUUAUUGUGGUUGGGAUCAGUUGAAAUUGGCAUGUACUACAGCACCGGGAGGUAAUCCUCACUCACAAGAGUGGCUGCAAUCUGAUUCACAGCAAUGUCAAGAAGCGAAACUAAACCAAUGGAGUGAUUGGUUAUCAUGUAAUCAACUAAAUAAAACUAUUGGUGACCAAUGCUUUUGUCGAAUGAGAUCAUGUGCUGAGACCAGUUCUAGUGAUACCUGUAUUAAUGGCAAAGAAGUCCAAGUUUCUAACUGUACCCAACACGGAGGUUGGACUGAUUGGUCUCAAUGGUCUCAAUGUAGUGCCACUUGCGGGGCGACCAACAAAUAUCGGUACCGCAAGUGUUCAAACCCGGCGCCAGCUUUUGGUGGGCGUCAAUGUCGCGGACCUGACAAAGAAUCUAUACAGUGCACUAACUUACCUCCCUGUGUCAAUCUGACACAACCAGAGCCAGUGAAGCCAAUAAAUCAAUGGUCCGAUUGGUCUGAUUGGGAGGUCUGUUCAUCUAAAUGCGGAGGUGGUGUACAAUUGCGAAGAAGACGGUGUGAAUACAAAGAUAUGUACAAAGGAUGUGUGGGCUGUGAUGUCGAAUGGCGUAUAUGUAACCGACACGAGUGUGCGGAGUCCCGGCAACACUCUGAAUGGACCGAUUGGCUCAUAAAAAAUAUCACUGGCGAUGGUGUGGUUGAGCAGAGAUUCAGAUUCAUCUGUAAGUCUCAGACAGGAGAGGGUCAGGGAUUGAGUGUACAAACGAAAAUUGAAGAAAGAUUUAUUGCGUCAAACAAUGUGUGGUCUCAGUGCUCGGAUGAUGCCUGUAAUGGCUGGCAGUUUAAGUGGAACGGUGACCAUUAUAUUAGACGUGAAUGCACUUCAAAUCAAUGUCAGGGAUGGACUCAAUGGACACAAUGGACACAAUGCAUGUAUGGCAAACAGUUCCGUUCCCGACAGUGUGAUGGCAGUGACAAAUGUGUUGGCCAUUACAAGGAGUUCCGUCAUUGCGACAGAAAUAAUGAACAAUAUGUUCCCAACGAAGAAAACAAUUCAUUAGAUAUGAUUAAUGACAAACCGGUAUUCAGGAGUUCCUUAUCGGCCGAAGCAGAGUCCAGUAAUGAACAAACAGUUAGUUUACAAAAAUUAGUACUUUUCUGUAUUCUGUCAUUUAUUACGGGUGGCUUCAUAUGUGGUUUAAUUAUAUACAUUUUAUUAACCAAAACGGAGCGAUUCGGUGGUGUAAGCCAUAAGAGGCUAAGCCUACGGCAGUUUUUGCCGCAAAAGUCGACGGCCAACGCAUACGAGUCACCGCACGACUACAAGUCUAACUCAUCGGUGUUGUCACCGUUAAACAGCAGUAUUCCUCCCGUAAGAGAGGCCACAAUCAAAAGGGGUUCCAGUAUAAGGGCUCAGUUGCAUUCAGACCAAAACUUUUAGAUUAACAAAAAAAAAACAUGACUUCAGUUUAAAAAAUAUAUAUAUCACUGACCAAGAAGUUCAAAGUUCAUUGGACUUCAAUAUAUUAUAUAUCAAUUAAUUUGAUCUCAACUCAACCUUUUUUUUUGAUAGGCAUUUAAAUUGUUCUCCAAAACGAUAUAAUGACAGCUAUUUCUGAAUGAUUAGACGUUGAGAAUGAGCGUAUAGUUAGCUAACAGUAGUUUCAAAUCACAACUACCCGUCCCACACAACAUAUAUGCUAAAUAUUUAUGAUAUAAACGAGAAAGUGUUUGAAGUUUUUUGUAAAAUUUAUGUUGAAAUAGAUUUUUAUUUUUAAAAAAAGUGAUAAAUUAAGUCAAAUUUAAUGAAUGGAAAAGUUUAUGUAACUAUUUUUAUUAUUAUUAUUUAUA